UCCUAUCUUUUGGAUAGUUGCCUAGCGAUGUCACCUCGGCAGCGUCACCGGGAAAGAGUCGCCAUGCCGAUUGCAUUGCUGAACGUCAACAAAAAUGUCCCACAUUCUGGAACGAUGAGGGAUAUAUCUAUUCUGCAUUGCUGAGAGCCUAAGCCCCAUAAGACGACGAUGUGCCAUGUAUGGCUAUUAGCUAGCCCACUCUCUUCCGUAUCGAUUUUCGGAGAAUCCUAACACCAACUUGGAAUGUCCGAGAUACACAACAUUUUCCAUUACUUUAUCCAUCUGAUCACAAGUUUACAACUAUGUACCUCCUCUACUUCUAUAUAAAAGCACCAGUGUUCUAUAUGUAAUCUCAACGGCAUCAGAUGACGAUGAGGACCUACACCACAUGCAGCGCGGUCGUGCUCGCACUCCUACUGGGCGCAGCGCUCGCUAAUGCUGCAAUCCUGCAGGAGCGAGAUGUGCUGAAGACUUUCAUCGAAGCCAGAGCCAGGGCGAACGGGCACGUCAGGCCAGACACAUAUGCGGAGGAGGACACAUGGGCCGACCCGGACAGCAGCUUCAAGCACCUUCCCACCAAGUGCUCCACCCCGCCGCCCGGCACUAGGGAGGCCGACAAGAUCGCGGCGCUGCCCGGCCAGCCCCCGCGCGUCAACUUCGACCAGUACUCCGGCUACGUCACGGUGAGCGAGCAGCACGGCCGCGCGCUCUUCUACUACUUCGUCGAGUCCCCGUACGAGGCCGCCUCCAAGCCCCUCGUCCUCUGGCUCAACGGCGGGCCAGGCUGCUCGUCGCUGGGCGCCGGCGCCUUCCAAGAGCUCGGUCCGUUCCGUGUGAACCCCGACGGCAAGACCCUCAGCAGAAACAGACACGCAUGGAACAACGUGGCAAAUGUACUCUUCCUGGAGUCGCCAGCGGGUGUCGGGUUCUCGUACUCCAACACGUCGUCCGAGAACUACGUGAGCGGCGACAGGAGGACGGCCGUGGACGCCUACAUCUUCCUGCUCAACUGGCUAGAGAGGUUUCCCGAGUACAAGGGGCGGGACUUCUUCAUUGCCGGUGAGAGCUACAGCGGCCACUACGUCCCUCAGCUUGCCUCGGUCAUCAUCGCCCUCCACAAAUUCGGUCUCACAAGCAUGAACCUCAAGGGGAUCUUUGUUGGCAACCCUCUUCUUGAUGACUACAAGAACGACAAGGGAUCGCUAGAGUUCCUGUGGAAUCACGGUGUGAUGUCCGACGAGGUGUGGGGCGACAUCAGCGCGCACUGCAGCUUCGGGCGGGUUGAGGGCAAAGCGUGUGGCCAAGCCAAGGACUCGUUCAGAACUGGCCACAUCGAUGCCUACAACAUCUACGCCCCGAUCUGCCUCGUGUCGCGAAACGGCACUCUCUAUUCCAGCAGCUACUUAGCAGGCUAUGACCCGUGCAUCGGUGCCCAUGUCAGCGUCUACUUCAACAAACCUGAGGUGCAGAAGGCUAUACAUGUCCGAACAAAGACAGAGUGGUCAGAGUGCGCUGACCUACGUGAUUGGACCGAUGCACCAGUUUCAAUGGUGCCAACCCUGGAUUGGCUUAUCGGCAACGGGUUAAGAGUCUGGAUCUAUAGUGGUGACAUGGAUGACGUUUGCCCCAUUACCGCGACGAGGUACUCUGUGAAGGAUCUCGGUUUGUCCAUCACAAAACCGUGGCGUCCAUGGUACACCCCUCAAAGCGAGGUUGGAGGAUACGCUCAGCAAUAUGAGGGAGGGUUCACGUUUGCCUCUGUGCGAGGAGCUGGCCAUCUAGUUCCUAGCUUCCAGCCUAAGCGAUCGCUUGUUCUAUUCUACUCCUUCCUAAAAGGUGUUCUGCCACCUGCAUUCCCGAAAGUGAGUCAGUGAGCAUAUGGCUUGGCAUCUAUAGUUCUAAGAUUGCAGCCGGCCGGCUGGAGGAACUACUAGGGAUGCCGGACAGUAAUAAAAUAAGCGUGAUCAAGGUCCUGAUGCGAUAUUUGAGUUUUUUUUAAGUAUGGUUCCACCUUUGUGAGCGUUGUCCCAAAGAAUGUUAGGGAAACAUCGUUGUUUACUCAAUAAUACAAUGUAUUAUGUUUUUGU